UGUAGUAAGUAGCCAAAUAGAUUAAAACAAAACCUUAAAAUCAUCAUCAUUAUUCAUUAAUCUUCAAAAACAUCCUCAUCCAUGCUUGUUCUAUACUUGUGUUGUUGUUCUCUGACUUUGCUCAACACAAAGUGUGGCUCAUGGUUCUCUUCAAGUGUCCUUCCUUCCUGUAUGCCUCCUACUUUAAUGAUUUUUUUAUUCUUUCUUUACCCUAACCUUUGCUUCUUCUUUUUUUUGAAAAAAUGCCCCUAACUUGUUUCUUGUGAUAAAUAAAAAAAAUGGACAGAUAGGUCAAAACAUAAAUUAUUUUUUUAAAAAAGGGAAAAUCCAACAGAAAAAGAAGUAUUUCAGCAGCACUCGCUUUAACACCUGGUGCCCACUCACGAGGUAAUUGCCUAGGCAGCACUUCAUUUAAAUUCAUCGCCCGAGGCUAAUAAAGGUGAUGUGGCCUCGCUUUGCCUUGCAUGGAGUGCCUAGGAAAGAAUGAGUGAGGAACAUAAAGAACAAGAACAAGUGUUGUUUUUAGAGGAGGGAAAGAAGAAAAAGUUAAAGAAAGAAGCAGAAAAGGCUCAUAAGCGUGGUGUUUGUUACAUAAGUAGAGUUCCUCCUGGUAUGGAUCAUGUUAAGCUUCGUCAACUUCUCAGUCAGUAUGGUGAAAUUCAACGAAUUUACCUUGCUCCUCAAAAUAGUUCUUCUAUUGAUCAAGGGAAUGAUAAUAAUAAGAGUAGAAAACGAGGUGGUGGAGCUAAAGCUCAAGCAUACUCUGAAGGGUGGGUUGAGUUUGCUAGUAAAAGUAAUGCUAAAAGGGUUGCUAAUUUGUUAAAUGGUGAACAAAUAGGUGGGAAGAAGCGGUCACAAUUCUAUUAUGAUCAUUGGAAUAUCAAGUAUCUAAGUAAAUUCAAAUGGGAUAAUCUUACAGACGAAAUUGCUUACAAGAAAGCUAUUCGGGAACAAAAAUUAGCAUUAGAAAUUUCUGCUGCAAAGAGGGAGCGGGAUUUCUAUCUCAAAAAAGUUGACCAGUCUCGUGCUUUAAGCUCUAUUGAAGAACGAAUGAAGAAGAAGCAGAAGGUCCAACAAGAAUCUGGAGGUGAACUUUCUGUUGCCCCACAGAAACCACCGGUUUGCCGACAAUUCCCACAGAAAAAACCAAUGGCUGAAAGAGAGAGAAGCAAACCUCAACUCUCUAAAGAUGUCCUGGCAGGGGUAUUUGGUGGUUCAUAGUGAUGGGUUGCGAGCAUGUCACUUUAUGUUCAGGAUGAGGAGCUUAUGUGAUAAAAUUUAUUGCUUUGCUCUCCCAUAUGCAUGCGAUGCAUUUUGAUGCGUGCGCAGCUCACAAUUUUGAUACUGUUUGUAACAUUUGAUGAUUUGAUCAAAAUGAAGUAACUCAUCAACAGUAGUCUUGUAAAAUCAUAUGGGCAACCUGUGUAUUUUACAAUCACCUAUCUGUUUUAAGAUCAUUAUUUUGCUCAUGGAA